CAGCCCUCCGAGUCACACCUCUUCCAUACAGUGAGUCACUGAGAAAACACAUAACUCGUUCACCUUUUAGGUCAAGUUGUGUUAUUUUUCUGAGGUUUUAAUCUUAAUUUUGAAAAACACUAUUUGAAUAGCAAUCAGUUAGUGUUGUGUGGAGAAGCAGCAGAUCUGAAAUCAAAGAAACUCAUCUUUCUAGUGUACUAUGAUCUAAAUUGACUCACUCCUCACUUCAUCUGUCCUACAGUACUUAAAAUCCCCAGAAGAGAAAUGCCUAGACCUUUUUUUCAGAAGCUAAUUCUCUCUAGCACCAUCAGAGAAAAGAGACUGAGGAUCCCAGAUAAUUUUGUCAAGAAAUUUGGACAUGACAUAUCGAGUUUUGUGAGACUCAUUGUUCCCGGUGGUCAUGUGUCUCGCAUAGGAUUAAUAAAAGCUGAUGAAAAAUUAUGGUUUCAUGAUGGUUGGCAGCAAUUUGUGGAACGCUUCGCUAUACACAUUGGAUACUUUUUGAUCUUUCAAUAUGAAGGGAAUGCAAUUUUUAAUGUUCAUAUAUUCAAUUUGCCCACUUCUGAGAUAAAUUACCACUCCAACUCUCUUAGUGGGAAAAGAUAUCUUGCAUUUGAAGAAUUGGACAAUGAUGAGAAUGCUGAAAACUCGGGCAUCCCCCCUCCACAACUGAUAGUUAACAAAAGUUACAAUCCUCCUCCUCUGCAGAAUUUGUUCAGUGGAUCAAAACUUAAUAAUUGCAUAAACUGGAGUGGUGAAGAUACUAUGCGGUUGACAAAGGGUUCUAGCAUUUCACAAGUUGCUAAUGAAUCAGCACGGAAUGUAGGUGCUCAUUACAAUGAGCUCUAUAAUUCCCAAGAUGAAGUGAAACUCUACAGUCCAGAUGGAGAAACACCAAAACCUAAAAAACGUGGAAGGAAAAGGCUGAAAGCCGAUCCUAAUGAGCAGCAGCUGUCGUCUCCACAUGAUGAUGAUAGUGAAAUGCGCUUUAGAUUUUAUGAAAGUGCUUCUGCAAGAAAGAGAACUGUCACUGCUGAAGAACGAGAAAGAGCAAUGAAUGCAGCUAAAGCAUAUGCACCUGAUAAUCCUUACUGUAGGGUUGUCCUGCGACCAUCGUACUUAUACAGGGGUUGCAUUAUGUAUUUGCCAUCUGGCUUUGCCGAGAAAAAUCUAAAUGGAGUUUCAGGGUUCAUUAUACUUCAGUUACCUGAUGGGAAACAAUGGCCUGUUCGAUGCCUUUACAGGGGAGGCCGAGCUAAAUUUAGUCAGGGAUGGUAUGAAUUCACAUUGGAGAAUAACUUAGGGGAAGGUGAUGUGUGUAUCUUUGAGCUGCUGAAAUCAAGGGAUGUGGUGCUGAAAGUUACAUUAUUCCGUGUUCUUGAAGAUGGUGGACUUAUGAAUCAUCCUUAACAAUAAGAUGUCAUCUUAGAUAGACAUAUGAUGGUUGGUCAUUUCUGGAUUGGUAAACUUUAUUAAGCAACUCUUCUUUUGGGUGAUGUGUAGCUGUCGUUUGUGGUAUGUUUGAUGUCAAAGCAAAUUUGUAGAACUUUAACUGUUUAGGUGCUUGAACAGAAAAUUUUGUGGCUUUAUUAGGCCUGUAAAUAUAUUGUCCAAUGCAGUUGGCAUCAAUGGACCAGAACAUCAGAUCUUAGGCCUAAUUUCUUGUCAGGUUUGCAGUAUCAUUCACUGCCUUGUAUUCAUCUACUGCUUGCUUGUUUGCUGGGAGUUUGCGUUUUCAUUGCGUGUCAGGAGAGAGUUUGGCAUCAUAAUAUGGUCUGAAAGUUAACUCGAA